CCUUCAACCUGCCUGCGUACUCGCUACUGCGUGGGUGCUGCUCAUCGCUUGUCACACGUUUGGGGCCAAGCGCAAGCCCCAGCCGCACGCAAGGAUCACUCGUCGGUGGACCCCCUCCUCGCACCCCCCCAGACGAGCUCUGAAAUCUCGGCGACAAAUGGGCGAGAGGUCUGGAGGGGACUUGUACAGAGUACCAUUGGCGGUUUUUUUUUCCCUCGCGCCCGUCAGCCGUCAGUCUCACUGUGGCCGGUGACCGACAGACUGCAGCGAACAAUCGUGUGUAAUCGCAGGUGUUCCAUUCCGGCUGAGAGCGACGGGUGUCAUCUGACCGUCACCACCGCCCGCCCGCUCGUUCGUCGCCCGGUAACCGAUGGCGAGACAAGCAACGGAGAAGAUGGUGUCGUAGGUGCAAUACGAUGGAUGUUUUGA